ACCGAUGGGAGGCUCCCAAGGCUCCUCUGACUUGUGUUCCCAGGGGCCUUGGCCCCAGGAGGAUGGUGCACACAUGGGUGGCUGCUUCUGUAUCCCUGGGGAGCGGAGUCUGCCCUGGGGCCCAGGUAAAGAAAGCCGGUCCAAUGAUCCAAACACAUCCAGCGAGUGUAUAGCUUCAUCCAAAAACAAGGAAAAAUGUUUUCUGCAACAGAAUAUGAGUCAAGACCUGACUCUCUCAUUCUGUGUGAAGAGCCGCUCCAGGAAGGGUGUCAAUGCAUCUUUACAGGAGACUGUGCGCAGGCGUCUCUGGGCGCUGGAGAAUGAGGACCAGGAUGUACGUGUUCUGUUCAAGGAUCUCUCUACAAGAUUGGUGAGUGUCCAGUCCCAGAAGGACCAGUUCCUCAUCACCUUCAAGACCAUGGACGAAAUCUGGAAGUUCUCCACGUACCUGGAUUUAGGCUAUGUGUCCACAUGUCUGGAGCACCUCCUCUUUGACCACAAGUACUGGCUCAACUGCAGAUUGGUGGAUGACACAGAGAUCCAAGUGUCUGUGGAUGGCAGUCACCUGGAGGCCAUGUACCUGGACCUCCUGCUGCAAGAAGGUCACUUUUUCUGCAGAGCCAUGUGCUCUGUGGCUCAGCCAACUGAGACGGAAGGGGAGUAUUUGACUCUUUGUAAGAAUGAGCUAAUCUCUGUGAUCUCUGAAGGCCAAUCUGAGUGGGAAGGCAUAUCCUUAGUGACCGGUCAGAGGGGCCUGGUGCCUAUGUCAGCCCUGGAGCCCCUGCCUGUCCCUUUCCAUCAAUGGUUCCUAAAGAAUUAUCCGGGAAUCUGUGGUCUUCCUGGGAAGAUGGAUUGGACAGGCUCCUGUCAGAUUGGCAGAGGAAGAUGCAAGGCCACGAAGGAUUAUGAGCAGGAAGAAAAGGAUGAAUUGAGUUUCCUUCAGGGAGAAAGCAUCGAGAUCAUUGGCUUUGUCAUACCUGGGCUUCAGUGGUUCAUCGGGAAGUCAGUGAGCUCAGGAGAAGUGGGCUUUGUCCCUGCCGGAAGCAUAGAUCCCGAUUCAUUGUCUCCGAUGAGCAAGAACUCUGCGUUUUUCAGUGAGGAAGAAAGAUGCUCUCUGUGGGCCCCGGGAAGCGACAAGAAGGCUGAGUGCGCUAGCUUCCUCAGCAUGCUGGCUCACACUGACAUCGCUUCUGUCUACCGGCUUAGUGAGUCUGAAUCCAUCCAGAAUCUGCCGAACGAUCUGAGCGCAUCCCAGCCUGAGGGCUUCAAGGAGGCCAGGCCUGGUGGAACCUGGAAGGAGUGGCAGACUGUAGGCUCCAGACGGUCCAGCAGCUCCGCGGGCUCCAGCCUGGAGGAGGAGCUCCUCUCAGCCUCCUCAGACAGCUAUCACUUGCCAGAACCUGAUGACCUUGAUGACCCAGAACUGUUCAUAGACCUAAACACCAGUCAGGAGGAGGAUGAUGUCGAGAACUUUGGCCCCAUAUUGGCUUUCCUGGAUCAUGAAGGUUACACUGACCACUUUAAGAGCCUCUAUGAUUUCUCCUUCUCUUUCCUUACUUCCUCCUUUUAUAGCUUCUCUGAGGAGGAUGAGCUAAUGGCCUACCUAGAAGCCUCAAGAAAGUGGGCCAAGAUGAGCCACAUGACCUGGGCCCAUGCCCGGCUCUGCUUCCUCUUGGGCCGGCUGAGCAUCAGGAAGGUCAAGCUUUCACAGGCCAGAGUGUACUUUGAGGAGGCUAUCUGUGUCCUCAAUGGGGCAUUCAAGGACCUCUCCCUGGUGACUGCUCUGUACAUCAAUUUGGCAGCCAUCUACCUAAGGCAGAGGCUGAGGCAUAAAGGCUCAGCCCUUCUUGAAAAGGCAGGUGCUCUGUUGGCCUGCCUGCCUGACCGCGAGUCCAGUGCCAAGAAUGAGUUUGAUGUGGUGGCCUAUGUGCUGCGCCAGGGGAUUGUGGUGGGCAGUAGCCCUCUGGAGGCCAGGGCCUGCUUUCUGGCCGUCCGAUUGCUCCUGAGCCUUGGCCGGCACGAGGAAGUUCUGCCCUUCGCAGAGCGCCUGCAGCUCCUCUCUGGACACCCUCCUGCUUCAGAUACCAUAGCCACCAUGUUGAGUUUUCUGUAUAACAAGAAAUAUCUUCCACAUCUUGCAGUGGCCUCUGUUCAGAAACAUGGUCUCCACAGUGCCCAGGGAGUGUCUCUUUCCAUUUGGCAGGUCUACUUGGUCCUCCAGAAUGCCACCAAAAUCCUUGGUCUUCCUUCCUUAGGCUAUGGUGAAGUUUCUGCACUGGCCUGCCCGACACUCAGGCAGGCACUGAUGACCUGUGAGGAGCAGACUGACCUGAGCACCCAGAGGACCUUGUGUCUUAUCCUGUCCAAAAUGUACCUUCAGCACAGGUCUCCUGAUGGUGCUGUCUACUAUCUGAGGCAGGGUCUGGUGCUAGGGAAGCAGCUAGGUGAGCAGGAAGCCUUUGAGUCUUCUCUUUGUCUGGCAUGGGCUUAUCUCUUAGCCAACCAGACAAAGAAGGCUUUGGAUAUCCUUGAACCACUGUUGUGCUCCCUGAGGGAGUCGGAGUGUAUCACCCAAAAGGGAGUGGUCCAUAACCUCCUGGGACUUGUGCUUCAAGGUGAAGGCCAGACAAGCAGGGCAGCCAAGAGCUAUCUCCGGGCCUUGACUAGAGCUCGGGAGAUGGGGAAUGUGCGUAACCAGGCAGUGUCCAUGGCCAAUCUCGGCCACCUGAUCCUCAAGUCCUGUAUGCAGCAGUCAGCCAGAGGCUAUCUCCUACAGGCUGUCCGGCUCUACUCUGAACUCCAGGCCAGCAAGGAAACAGACAUGGAAAUGGUACAAGUGCUUCUCUGGUUGGCCCAAGUUCUGGUGUCUGGACACCAGCUGACCCACAGCCGCCUUUGUUAUGAAAUGGCAUUGUUGUUUGGCUUAAGACACCAACACCUAAACAGUCAGCUUCAGGUCACCAAAUCCCUCUGCCAUUUCUAUAGCUCUGUGUCCCCAAAUCCUGAGGCAUGCAUCACCUACCAUGAACACUGGCUGGUCCUGGCUCAGCAGCUCAGGGACCGGGAGAUGGAGGGGAGGCUACUGGAGUCCCUUGGGCAGCUUUAUCGGAACCUAAGCACGGCCAGGUCCCUCAGGAAGUCCCUCAGUUGCAUCAAGGAGAGCCUGCGGAUAUUUGUUGACCUAGGGGAGCGAGACAAGGCUGCUGAGGCCUGGCUGGGUGCUGGGCGCCUCCAUUACCUCAUGCAAGAGGAUGAGCUGGUGGAACUGUACCUGCAGGCGGCCAUCCAGACUGCCCUGAGAUCGGAGGAGCCCUCCCUGGCUCUCAAGCUCUAUGAAGAAGCAGGUGAUGUGUUCUUCAAUGGGACCCGCCACAGAUAUCGCGCUGUGGAAUAUUACCGGGCUGGGGCUGUGCCUUUAGCACGGAGAAUGAAGGCACUGAGAAUUGAACUGCGGAUCUUCAACAAGCUGACAGAGCUGCAGAUCAGCCUCGAGGGCUAUGAAAAGGCUUUGGAAUUUGCCACCCUGGCCACCAGGCUGAGUGUUCUUACAGGCGAUCAGAAGCAGGAGCUGGUGGCCUUCCACCGCCUGGCUACUGUGUACUACUCCCUGCACAUGUACGAGAUGGCUGAGGACUGCUACCUAAAGACUCUGUCCCUCUGCCCAUCAUGGCUGCAGAGUCCCAAGGAGGCACUGUACUAUGCCAAGGUGUAUUGUCGCCUGGGCAGACUCACCUUCCACCAGCUGAAGGAUGCCCACGACGCCACGGAAUACUUCCUGCUGGCGCUAGCAGCCGCCGUCCUGUUGGGUGAUGAGGGGCUGCAAGACACCAUUAGGAGCAGGCUGGACAACAUCUGCCAGAGCCCUUUGUGGCACAGUAAUCCGUCGGGGUGCUCCUCAGAGAGGGCACGGUGGCUGAGUGCUGGGGGACUGGCCCUCUGAGGAGACUUGUCCCGUUUCUGACUACUUGCCAUGACUGAAUGCUCCCUUCCUGUCCCAGGCUCUUAGACCCUCACUGGGAAAUUGUAGGUGGUACCUUUCUCCCGUGUUCUCAGGGAAAGAGCCCUCCCAUUGCCAGUGGAGGACCUUAUAGUUUCUAUAGUUUCUUUUCUUCUUUUUUUUUUUUUUCUCUUUAAAACAAAAGAAGAGCCGGGCAUGG